AGGGUUUUCAAAAAAGUCAAACAAACGCAAAAAAUUCGAAUUAUUCAAAUAGUUUUGCUCGCCGAAAAAAGCGAAAUCCAUGCGAAUCUUUGCCUUAAAUCCCAAGUCCCAUUCAAUAUGUUGGUGCGGACAGUGUUGUUGGCCCUUUUGGCUAUCGGGGUGUAUUCUGAAUUAGACUUAGACCAUGAGUCUGGAGCGCUUAAUUAUCUGCUAACAGAGGGACUCAGAGUGAACCCUGUGCUUGUAGAAGAAGAAACUUUGUCAGAAGAGUCCAGGAGAUUCAUCUCGGCAAAGUACGACAGUCUUGUGCGUUUAGUGGGGCAAAGGCAGCGUGCGGUAUCAAGCAGAACGAAGAGAAGUUUGGAUGUGGACCCAAAGACCAACUCAAUAAUCAUUAAAACGGAAAAAGUCGUUCCCAUUAAGGACGCCGACGACUUUAGACUGUUCCAGAGCCUCAACAGCACUUUGGCAGCCUCCCUGGAAAAUGGGAACAGCAUCGUUUUAUAUAGAUAUUUAAACGGAUCCUUUAAAGACAUCCACCAUAGCCCUAUGGAAUACAACACCAAUCUAGUUGUGGCCUCUACAGAAGAUGGUGGGGCUUUAAUAGUCGUAGGCACUGGUGAUUUUAUCACGAUAUUCCAAUUCAAUUUGGAACAGGGAAAAUUGGAGAAAAUUCAGCACGUGGAAGCGCCAGCAUCUAAACACGUUGCCCUAUGGAAACAAGGAGAAUCCGUGUAUUUAUCCGCAACCGAUAGAACCGGAAGAAUAACCGUUUUCCGAUGGUUGGGCAGGCAUUUCGAUCGUCUUCAGGAAAUUCAGUUGAGCCACGUAAAAAAGACUGUCCAUUUCAGUUUUCACGACUCCGAUUAUCUGGCCGCAGUAAAUGAAGAAGUAGUUGAGGGCGAGAAGACUUUUUCGGAAAUACUGAAAUUCGAUGUUCAUUCUGGGAAGUUCAAGCCCUAUCAAAGGCUGCUAACAAAAGCUUGUACGGACAUCAAAUACUUCACUUGCAAGCUCCACAACACUUACCAUCACUUCUUAAUCGUGAGCCAAGUAGUCAAUGCUCCAGGCCCCUCAAAGGAAAACGGCAUUUCGGUAAUCUACAAAUACGACCAGGACUAUUUCGUGCCGUUUCAAAGUAUCGCGACCAACGCAGUGGAGUGGCAACCCGUUCAAGAUUUGGAGGAAAAUUCGGCUCUAAUAGCGGUCACUCCUGAAGGCCUCCAGGGCUUCCAGUUUGAUGGAUGGUACUUUUUUGAAAGCCGCCUAAUAGCAGACAAUGAGGAGGUUGCAGACUUGAACUUCCAAAACAUCAAAGCUCUGCAUACUUUUGAUUUUUUUGGGCAGGAAUUGCUGGUUUUAGCCUGCCAAUAUUGCUCGCAAUCGAUCAGUUUGUACUCGGUGAAUUUCACUCAAUAUUCCACCUUGGAGGACGAAUCAUCCGAAUUAUUAUCCUGGUGCACAAACAAGCUUCAAGAGCUUUCUAACAGCUUGGAACCUCCGAUGUUGGCUGCAAGAUUGAGAGGAGAUUUAAAUGAGGAAUUUUUCGAGGAUGAAGACCCGAAGCGUCAGAUGGCGGCAGCCCUUUCCAAGGCAAGCCUGGUUCUCGAUGGCAUCGAAGAAACUCUUAAGGACUUGAUCGUGAAUGCUGAUGUUCUUGAAGCUGACACGCUCAUUUUUAACAACGACACCCAAGUGAAUGGGCUGCAAGUUGCUGCUGUUAACGCGCUUGAGGUUGAUGAUGUGCUCGAUAAAGUCCUUGACAUUGCUGAAGGCUUCAGCGUGAAUAACAGUAUGAAUUUCACGGUGGUAGUGACGGAGAAUAGCUUAAGCCUUAGCACUUUGAAUGGCUCACCUCUGGAAGAAUAUGUGUCUUUAAGGAAGGACUUGAUGUUGGAAGAGUUCACUGUUCAAGGUCCCGUGGCGUUUCAAAGCGGAUUACUCAUAGGAAAUCACACGAUAAACGAUGUGGAGAUUACUGAAAAAAAUCUGCUGCUCAAAGAGGGCGAUCAGGACUUUUCAGAGAAUCUUUCAGUGGAUGAGCUGCGAGUCAACGAAUUAACCAGCAACAACUUGAACUGUUUCGCUUUGGAUUCUCUCUCUGAUAAUGGUGAAGAAAUUUUCAACAUUGGGGCUCUGAAGGUGAAACACCUGAGCAUUGGAGGGUUGUUGAACAACGUGGAUAUAAAGAGCUUAGCAAAGCGGGGCCUGAGGAAAUCAGGCAAUCAAUUUUGGGAAACGCCACUUUCAUUUAACUCGCUUGAAGUGGAAGAACUUCAGAUAAAAGAGCUGUCAGGAAAAUUGAUUCCGCAGAACCUGGUCCCGAUUAAUGCUGGCCAGUACCAUGUUCAUCAAGACGUCACUUUUACCAAGGACCUCCGCACCAACCGGCUGGAUGCUGGCCAGUCUUUAAACAACAUUGCGGUCAAAUGCAAUGGACUGCUGGAUGUUCUGCUAAUUGACUCGCCUGAACAACAGGAAAUUCCUGCGAGGAAAUCCUUCACAAAUCUCACUCUUAAGCGGCGUUAUUCUCCUCUAAUAAUCGACGAAUCGCCCUGUGAAAUACUAAACGAUUUGCGGAUUAAUGGAAGCGUGAAGUUGAGCAAACGGCUAAAAGUGCGCGACUUAAAGCCAGCUAAUUCCAGUGGAAGUAUGGGGGAGGUUUUGGCCAACGGAAUUAAGCUUACGGACGUGGAAAUGCCGGUUCAUCUAACUUUCACUCAGCCGCUAAAGGUCGAGAGUAUUCGGGUGGAUAAAAUCAAUUCUUUGGAUCCGAAUAAGUGGAUUUUGGGCUCUUCUGCAUCCCCACAAGUCCUUACAGGCCACAAGCAGUUUUGGGGCGACAUCCAUUUAAAGGGACCAGUAAAUGUGGCGAACAUGAACAACAUCGAUGUUGGAGCCUUGGAGAAUCACACGUUAAGGGUAGAAGGAGAUCAGGAAAUUGGCGGUUUUUGGACAGUGGAAUCUUUAGUCGCCAACAAAGGGGUUUUGGCAAAUAAAACCCAACUCCCGGAAGGGAGUCGUACAAGCCUGCGAAUUAAAGGCGAUUUGGAGGCCCGCGUAAACACAAGCGAAUUCACACUGCAAGGGUUGGUCAACUCAAACCGCCUUCAAGAUGUGCUGGGGAAUAUGGUCGAAAAAAACACCAAAUACCGGGUGUUUGGGGAAAAGCAUUUUAAAGACUUGCACGUGCAGGACUUGGAGAUUCCUGAACAUUCCAAUAUUUCGAAGCUAUUGCGGACUGUUACCAGUGGAGGUGAAAUCACCUUGAAGACUGACUUGGAUCUGUUCAACAACAUCAGCAUUCGCCGCGUGCAGUUCAAAGGACGUCUCAAUGAUCUAACGCGAGCGGAUUUCGACGGAUUGAUGCAUUUAGACUCCAAUCCGGAAGAAACCGUUCUGAUUCCCUCGGAUGUAAAAUUUAAGGAGCUUGUGGUGCUUGGCGAAGUUUUCGUCGCGGACAAUUCAAUAAACGGCCAAAACUUGACCGCAAUUGAACAGGAUACUGUAAAAAUCGACGAAGAUCACGUCUUCCAUUCAGGGGUUUUUGAGGAAACCGUCACAGUGGGGGACACUUUGCGGCUGAAUGGCAGUGUUGAGAACCUGGAUUUGGAUUUUAUUGUGCUUCAAAACGGGAGCCGCAUGGUGGAAAUUGCAGACAUAGUUUUCAACGACACAUUGGUUGUUAAUGGGACGCUGUUCCUUCAUGGUACUGCUAACGGGGUGGAUUUGCGCAAAUUCUGCACGUUUUCUCAGCAAAGGGAAAAGUCUCUGAAAAUAUUUGGGAAAGUUGUGUUUGCUAAAGGCCCAAAGGUUUUCCGUUUUAACAACCACAACGUAAAGAACCUGAUGAAGACGCUCUGGUUCACUGAUAGAGCCGCAAACAUUACAGAAACGCUUCACAUGAAGAACGCCACAUUUACUCAGCCCCUUUAUGUGGAGAAAUUUGUGGAUGACAUCAAUCUAAAUCUGCUCUCCCAAAACUACCUUAGCAAGAGCAAAAGCCAAGAAAUCCCGGCCAGUUUAACAUUUUCCAAUGUCACGUUCUCAAACAUAUCGACCACACGUUUGAAUACCGACGCUCCAAUCAAUGGCAUUUUGUUAGAAGACCUUCUGAGCUCAAUGUUGCUGCAAAGCACCGACCAAGUGUUCGAAUCGGUGGCUAACUUCGAAGAAGCGCACUUUAAUAAUUUGACUGGAAGUUUCACUGUGAACGAUCUCAACCUGGAAACCGAUGUGAUGCGCUACGACGCUCAGAAUGCCGUAACUGGGCGCAAAGUUUUCCAAAACCUCAACAUCCGAGCCUUAAAACUGCCUCGUAAUGUUAAAAUACAGGACGUAGAUGUCUUGGACUGGCUGGAUAAUGCUGUGAUGAAUAACGGCACUUUUAGGAUCAGCGGGAAGAAGGUCUUCAACAACGCCACAUUCAAGCAAGGUUUAAGUUUAAGGGGCACGUUGAACAACCAGACCUUCAACGAGAACACCAUCAUGCUGUUGAACAGGCCGCAGAAUAUCGCGGGAAAAAAGGCGUUUUUCAGCGACAAUCAGCAGCCAAUCACUUUGAGAACUGUGCGAGUUAAAGGGCUGGUGAAUGGCAUCAAUCUUCAACAGCUGGUGCAGAACCAGACAAAUAGACUGCGGGUAUUGGACGAGGAUUUUUUGCAAGAAAGCGUAAUCUUCAGCCAAUUGAAUUCGAACGUCAGCGCACUACCCACACACAACUGGGAAGGUUUGAGGAGAAAAUUCAACCAGCUUCUGAACAUGGGCAGGGACCUUCAGAAGUCGCUUAACGAGGAUUCGACAAUUUUCAAAUACUUUAAGCAAAUAAACAAGUUCGACAAUGUCUACGAGAUUUUUGGCUUGCGAUGUGCCGAUGGAAUCUUCCGACUGGUUGCUUUCACGUGCACAAAUGGAAGAAACCGCUUUCGAACCUUCCAGUGGGAGACCCAGACGCAGGCAUUCACUCUCAUAGGUGAAAACCCGGAAUUUUACCUCUCAAAACCCAUCUAUAUGGAGCAACUAACCAUUGGAAACCAAGACUAUAUUUUUGUACAGCACCCCGACCGAUACGACUACCAAAACUACAAAUACGUUUACUCUGGAAGUUUACUGGAGCUAACAAAUGCAACGCACUUCAAGAUUAAAGCCGAAUUCCAUCGAAACUCCACUGAGUCUUUAACGCACUUCCAAAGUCCGGCCUCCAAUCAGACUUGCCUGGCGUUCAUCGGCCAAUCGUUGCCGGGAUUAGACAUUUACUGCUAUGAAGCCGCGCAGAAGAGCUUCUACUGGGCGCAAAGAAUCGACCUGGAUGGGAUCUAUAAGGCUCUGGCCGUCGAAGCGCUGGACUCAGUCUAUUUGUUUCUGGCCCGACAUCAACAUCCCUUAUCCCACGAGCCUUGCAUAGAAGUUUUCCAAAGCACCAAAAAACUUUCGGGUUUCCAGCCCAUCCAAACGAUUUAUGAAGGUGUGGAUUUGAACGGCUUGGCAGCUGCCACAAUCAACGGAAAGCCUUUCGUGGCGUUCUCCUUUGGAUAUCAAGAAUCCACAGUCCAAUCAGGCCGCGUUACCAUCCGAAGGCUGGAUUUGUCCAGCAAUCAAUUCAAACCGCUGCAGGAUAUUCCAGUGCCGGUGCCUAAGGGGGUUCACUUCAUCACGCAAGCCUCCUUCGAGCCGCUGCUCUUAAUCCAAACAGCCGACAGAAAAGCCCCACUGCGCACCUUGAGCUACGAUGGAGUGGCUGGUUUUAGGGAAAUUCUCAGAGGCUCAUCGUUGCCAAUCAGCUCGAAAGUGCGAACCGUAGGAAACGGGCAUUUUGUGGUGGCUCUACAAGAAAAUAGGCAAACUGGCUCCAUCCUGGAGGCUGUAGCCAAAGGAUUUUCUUCAACAUAAGUAAAAAUCAAUGUUUUUUUUGUAUUUGUUUAUUUAUAUAUUUUGUUACGA